GUGUCAACGUUAUGUGGUAGGGAUGGUAUUUAAGUUUCUUCAUAAUCCUCCUAAUUGUUGAUCUUGGAAUACCUAGUUCCCUUGCCAAAAUCCGUUGACUAACAUGAGGAUUGAGAUGAAUUGCUGCCAGGAGCGUGACCACACGAUUGUCAUUUUCAUCAUACACAUGAUCUUUCCUUUUACGUUUGAGAUCACCUUCACGAGCUCUUCGUUCGAGGUUUCGGAUUAAAGCAGGAUUGGGGUGUCUUUCCCUUUCAGGAUACCGAUCUCGGUAAACUCGCGAAGCUUCGUGAUAAUUUAAAUGACAUUCUCCAAGAAUGAGAAUAAUAUCAAUGAUCUCCGAGGGUGAAUAGUCUGGCAUUAUUUUUUCCGUAGUUGCAAAAUCCUUGAGCGAUAAUGAAGGGAUACAAUUGAUAAUUUGUAUACAGAUUUUUCCUUUAGUAAGUAUAAUAACCAUUUGUGCAUUAUUAUCAUAUCCCUCUGUAUGUCCCUGUAAGAUUAUCACCAUCUCCUUAUCUGACGUCGCCCGACUUUUUCUUAUGAAUAUACCUGAAAAUUGUCGUGUACAAGCAAACGCCAACGUUGUUGUUAUUUCAGGUAUAUUCAUAAGAAAAAGUCGGGCGACGUCAGAUAAGGAGAUGGUGAUAAUCUUACAGGGACAUACAGAGGGAUAUGAUAAUAAUGCACAAAUGGUUAUUAUACUUACUAAAGGAAAAAUCUGUAUACAAAUUAUCAAUUGUAUCCCUUCAUUAUCGCUUAAGGAUUUUGCAACUACGGAAAAAAUAAUGCCAGACUAUUCACCCUCGGAGAUCAUUGAUAUUAUUCUCAUUCUUGGAGAAUGUCAUUUAAAUUAUCACGAAGCUUCGCGAGUUUACCGAGAUCGGUAUCCUGAAAGGGAAAGACACCCCAAUCCUGCUUUAAUCCGAAACCUCGAACGAAGAGCUCGUGAAGGUGAUCUCAAACGUAAAAGGAAAGAUCAUGUGUAUGAUGAAAAUGACAAUCGUGUGGUCACGCUCCUGGCAGCAAUUCAUCUCAAUCCUCAUGUUAGUCAACGGAUUUUGGCAAGGAAACUAGGUAUUCCAAGAUCAACAAUUAGGAGGAUUAUGAAGAAACUUAAAUACCAUCCCUACCACAUAACGUUGACACAAGCUCUGAGUCAAAGGGAUAUGCAAUUGCGUAUCCAAUUUUGUCAAUGGGCACAACAAAUGAUCAGAGCUGAACAAAAUUUUUUCAAUUUUGUCAUGUUCUCUGAUGAGUCGACAUUUAAAAAUAAUGGUGAGCUAAAUAGGCAUAAUUGUCACUAUUGGUCAGAUGUUAAUCCCCAUUGGCAUAGACCAAUAGAUAAUCAGAAUCGUUGGAGUAUCAAUGUUUGGUGCGGAAUUGUGAAUGGGUAUUUGAUUGGUCCCUAUUUCUUUGACGGAAAUGUCAACGGGGAAAACUUUCUGGCAUUUCUUAGAGAUGAUUUACCACAAUUACUUGAAAACGUUGACCUGCAAACACGCCAGAGGUUAUGGAUACAACUCGAUGGCGCGCCACCUCACUAUACAAGAUAUGUGAGAGAUUACCUGAAUGAAACGUAUAAUGAUCAUGGACAGAUGGAUUGACGAGGUGGCCCCGUCGCGUGGCCUGCACGAUCUCCUGAUCUGACGUCGCCCGACUUUUUCUUAUGGGGAUACCUGAAAAAUGUCGUGUACGAGCAAACGCCUACAACAAGAGAAAAUAUGAUAGAAAGGAUACGAGAAGCUUGCAGAAGAAUAACGCGCGAUAUGUUACUCAAGACAGUAAGACAUUUCCAAGAUAGGUUGGCAUUAUGUAUCCAAGCCAAUGGAGACAACUUCGAACAAUUGAUUCGAUAAAUCUUUAUUGACUGGAUCAUUCUCGAUUUUGCCUUCGGUGGCGGGAUUCUUCUUGAUCUUACUUUAGUUGACAGAACCAUCAACGAUCUUGCCUUGACUGGCUGGAUCCGUGUUCGUAUCUUGCCUUGACUGGCUGGAUCCGCGUUCGUAUCUUGCCUUGACUGGCUGGA